AUAACCUGCCUAAACACAUUUAGAACACAUGAGAACGAUAGUAUCUAAAUGGAUGGAAAAUGGAAAGUAUAACAGAGUCUGAGCUAUCAGAUGAAAGUUCCUUUUCUGAAGGUAUAUACAACCAAUCUUCAAGUUCAAACAAACAAAAAUUUAAAUGUCACAUAGAUGGUUGCAGAAAAACAUUCAGAAGGGGUUGGUUGUUGGAAAAUCAUGUCAGAAGACACAAUGGAGAGAGACCAUUUAUUUGUGAUAAUGAAAAGUGUAUGAAAUCAUUUACUAAUUAUGCUCAUCUGAAACGUCACAAAUCCAUGGUUCAUGAUAGAUCUGAUGAGCUAACUUGUGACAAUCCUGGAUGUGGAUUAGUGCUAAGCAACAAAUAUAGCUUGAAAAAGCAUAAAAAUCGUAUGCAUCAAGAAACAAACUUUGAAUUUUCAUGUGUUCAUUGUUCACAGAAAUUCAAGAAAAAAAGGCUUCUUCAUGAACAUUUGAUAGAACAUGCAGGACCAGCCCCAUUUAGAUGUGAAAGAUGCAAUGUUGAGUUUUAUAGUCAAAUUAAAUUUACUAAACAUGAAAAAAAUCAUAAAACUUUUAUAUGUGAUUGUGGGGAUACAUUUACAAAAUGGACUUUAUUUCUCCAGCAUAGAAAACAAACUUGCAAGAUUGAUAUCAGUCAUAAAUGUGUUAUUUGUCAGAAGGUAUUCAGUACACAAAGGAAUUUGACUGUACACUCAAUGGUUCACCUGGAGGAAAGUCAAAAGACAGCUUUUAUUUGUCACUUUCCAAAUUGUUCUAAGAGCUAUCAAUAUAAAAAAAAUCUCAAUGCACAUAUUACAACAUUUCACAAAGAACAAAAAGGAUUUGUUUGUCAAGAGCCAAAUUGUGGUGCAGUUUACAAAUAUAAGAAAACCUUGAAGCAGCACAUAGAAAAUGUACAUGGUAAUGGAGAGAAAAAGGUGAAAAAGAUUAAAAAGGCUAGGGCACCUAGAAAAGAUCAGGGCAAGUUCAAAAAGAGCAUGGCUGCAAUUUUAUCUGGAGUUGAUUUAACUAAUGAACAACAUAAAAUGUUAGUGGAAGCCAAAAAACUAGAAAGUACUGUUGAAAUCAUAGAGGGCAAAAAAACUAGUGAAACUGCCUCUAGGGAAAUAUUGGAAAAAAAGGAAGAACUGGGGAAUCACUCUGAAUGUUCUAGCAAGAAUAUCAUCAUAGAUAUUGUCAUUGAGCCAAAUAAAUUAUCUCAAAACAUCCCAAGAGAUAACAUCAUGAGCUCAAGUGGAGACAAUUUGGCCAUGAUUACCAAAACACUAUUUUCUGUAGAGGAUCAUCUUGGAGUAGAAGGAGAUAUUGUAUCAGAACUUUGUGAUCAGGCAUUGAAUAAUAUACAAGAAUGUCUAUCUUGA